CCCCCCCGCGCCUGCCUUGAAAAAUAAUCUCCAAGCCUUCCUCCGUCCUCUCCCCCCCUCCGAUCCGGGGAUCCCGGUUCCUGCAGCUGUUGGCCACGGGGUUUUGCUUUCGGUCCGCUUUUCCGCGCCUCGACCCCCCGCCGGAGCAGAAGAGACGAGACCCCGCCGCCGCUGGGCGCCUCCCGGAUCGUGCCCUCCUCCUCCUCCUCGCCAUGGCCCGCCCCGCGGCCCAGGCCAGCCCCACACCGAGCCCCAUGCUCGCCUCGCCGCCUCUGGGUCUGGCCAGCCCCAGCUCCACCAUGGUGAGCCUCAAGAGCCUCCUGCAAGGACCGGUCAAGAGUCCCGACCGACGGGGGCCCAAGGACCUGGGAUCAUGUGUGAUUAAAGAGAAGGAACGGAAGAUGGAGGAUGACCUGACCAUCUCAAGGCCCGGGCACUGCGCUUACCUGGGGUCCCUCCUGUGGGAGCGCACGCUGCCCUACAACGAGAUCGAAUAUGUUGACUUGGACGAGUUUUUGCUGGAAAACGGCUUGCCUCCGAGCCCAGCCCAUCAGUCCUUCUCUCCAGGCAGCCAGCCCACUGCGUCGCCUUCCAGUGGAGUUGUGGUGGACCUCAGCCGCCCGGCUUCAUGCGCCUCGUCGUCUUCGGUCUGCUCCUCGUCUGGCGAAGGCUUAGUGGGUAGUGAUUACGACCACCAUUGCAGCAAGACAGAAAGGGAGGGAGGCGAAGAAUCCUAG